CACAAAAGUAAAUAAAAGCCCAAAACUGCUUGCGGUCAAUAGUAAAAGACGCCUCUCUCUUUUCUACUCUUCAUCUGUCAACACAGCCCGCAGAUCCAGUAAUAUUUCAGGUACUUCCAGAUAUUUCUCGCAAUAUAUUAACGAUUGAUAUAUACUAACGUGGUUUUCUGAUUCAGUUCAAGUGAGAAAAUGGAGGGGACAGUCUUCACCCCGGCUCUGGAAGGAAUGAAGCACAUCAAGUCGGAAGACGGAGUGAUUCUUACCAAACCUUUCCUGGAUGUUUGCAAACAAAUUUUACCUAUUAUAGACAAGUUUGGAGCUGCGAUGACACUUGUCAAAUCUGAUAUUGGUGGCAAUAUAACCAGGUUAGAAAAUAAGUACUUGUCCAACCCUACACAAUAUAACCACUUGUACAGCAUGGUACAAGAAGAGGUUGAAGCUAAGACAGCUAAAGGCUCAUCCAGUUGCACCAAUGGUCUUUUGUGGUUGACAAGGGCCAUGGAUUUCUUGAUGGGUUUGUUUCGGAAUAUAUUGGAACAUCAGGAUUGGUCCAUGUCUCAAGUUUGCAGUGAUUCUUAUGGCAAGACACUGAAAAAAUGGCAUGGUUGGCUGGCCAGUUCAAGCUUUACGGUUGCCAUGAAACUUGCUCCUGAUAGGAAGAAGUUUAUGGAUGUUAUAGGUGGCACAGGUGAUAUUAAUAGUGACAUCGAAAAAUUUUGUACGACUUUCUCACCAUUUCUCGAGGAGAAUCACAAGUUUUUGGCUAGCGUUGGAAUGGAUGAUCUUAAAGCAUCUUAAAUGGUCGUUUUAUAAUGUUUUCGAAAUAGUUCUUGGACUUAAUUAUACUGAGAUCCGCGCUAUUCCAUAUGUAAUAAUGUACUGCGUACCUGUUUUACCACAUGAGAAUUUACGGUAUAAGGUUUUUUGUUUGAGGAAGCUCAAGCUAUGAGCUUCGGAAGGAAAGUCUAAAUCGAGAGUUUGUUAAUUUAUUGUGGACGUUCUCUACUUUGUGGUAUUUGUUUAACCAAAUUUGCGAGAUGAAAAAGCAUUUUGAGUUGGGUUAUGCUACAUGUA